AGGAGGAGGAGGGAUAUGUAGUGUCAUUGCAAAUGGCAGCUGUGUAGCGCUUAGCUGCGUUAGCAUGCAAGAUGACACGGGUGUUACACAGGCUGAGGGAUCCCAGGAGCUCGUUUGUAGUCGGAGUCCAGCGUUUCCUGGAAAGGGAAUUUAAUACUCUGAUGCUCGCUCAAAGAAAAGAAGUCACAGAUGCCUCUGCUGGCUCUCCACUGAAGAGGGCAAGGGCUGAAGCCAUGCCUGAAGAUGGCAAACCGGUCCUGAAAUUCGCUAAACUUUCUGAGCACGCCACACCACCCACCAGAGGAUCAGCUAAAGCAGCCGGCUAUGACUUGUACAGUGCCUAUGAUUACUCUAUUGGUCCCAUGGAUAAGGCUAUUGUGAAGACAGACAUCCAGAUAGCAGUUCCAAGAGGCUGCUAUGGGAGAGUGGCACCAAGAUCUGGACUGGCAGCCAAGCACUUCAUUGAUGUCGGUGCUGGAGUUGUAGACGAGGACUAUAGAGGCAAUGUGGGAGUUGUGCUCUUUAACUUCAGCAAGGAGACCUUUGAAGUGAAAAAGGGUGACAGAGUGGCUCAGCUGGUGUGUGAGAGGAUCUGCUACCCAGACCUCGUGGAGCUAGAGACGCUGGAUGAGACAGAACGUGGAGCCGGGGGUUUUGGCUCAACUGGACGCAACUGAAAACUUUGAUGUAUAGAAAUAUUAAGUUGUGAAAUGAAGUACUUAAACUGUUAUAUAAAUAAAGCAUUUUUUUACUAAA